AAAUGUACCGUAAUCAUUAGAGAAGUCAUCUAAAUAAUCUUUGGGUACAUAGUAAUAAGAAGGACUAUUCUAAACGCCAUGGAAUCUCUUUCUAGUAAAUUGACUCAAGAAUUAGAUCAUUAUAUUUUAUUAAAAGAGAAAUAUAAUCAAGCACAAGUAACAAUAGCAGAGAUACUGUUCUCGCAAAAAAGAGUUGAAGCGGAACUUGAAGAGCUAGAGGAUCUUGAAGAUGAUGUUAAAGUUUACAAACAAAUUAGUCGAAUGUUCUCACAACGCUCAGUUGGAUCCUUACGUGAGUUUUUAAAAGCCGAGCUUUGCGAGUUAGACGAGCAGUUACCUAAACUACGAGAAUUAGAGACAAGCUUUCAAACUCGUUUAAAAAACUCUCAAACUACAUGUGUUGAGCUUGAGAACAAGAUAAAAACGUUUUCUGCAUCAAAAUCUUCAGACCUAUAAAAUUUCUAUAGAUCGCUGAUGCAGGCGGUUUUACCACUUUUUUGAAAUAAUUGAAUCAUUUUUACUCUAUAAUUGCGAAAAAAAAACGAUCAUAAUCUC